AGAUACGAGAGACCAGCAGAAGCUCCGUUGGAGGCUUGGAGCCCUAGAGUGACUGGUGACCUCAUCUUCUCCCAUUCUUGCCGUGGAGUCUCUUUCCCACCCUCGCAGCCUUCUUCGACCUGUUCGCCGGACAUCGCAGCCUCGAGCAGGAGCUUCCCCAUUCUCUCCCAUAUUUGCCGUCGAACCUAUCUCGCAGCUUCGAAGCCCCUUCUCUCUCGAAGGCUCGAAGCCCGUUCUUUGCUGUACGAUGCCAUUAUUCACUGUUUAGAAGGAUUAGCCUAAUGGUUAAACGACAAGUAGCUGAUGGAGGAAUUGAAGAUUCUGGGUGUACUAAGACUAAGAAGAAACAGUUACUUCCAUCCAUGAUAAAGAACAAGGAGAAGAGAUCAAUUGUCCAUGGAAAGCUCAAGCAUGAGAAGAAGCUUGAGAAGCGUAAGAAGGCUAAAGUGCGUGAUGCUGCUGAAAAGAUGGCUCUUGAGCUUGGCGAGGAGCCUCCACCUAAGCAGAUUCCCCGCACUAUUGAAAACACACGGGAGUUUGAUGAAACUGUUUGCAGGCCUGAUGAUGAAGAGCUAUUUGCAGGAAAUGAUGCAGAUGAAUUUAGUUCAGUUUUAAAUGGUGAACGCACUCCUAAGAUACUAAUUACCACUUGCCGUUUCAAUUCUUCUAGGGGACCUGCUUUUAUAUCGGAACUGCUUUCAGUUAUCCCAAAUGCACAUUACUAUAAGAGGGGGACUUAUGACUUAAAAAAGAUUGUAGAGUAUGCAAAACACAAGGAUUUCACCUCCCUUAUAGUUGUUCACACUAACCGCAGGGAGCCAGAUGCUCUUCUAAUUAUUAGCUUGCCUGAUGGUCCUACUGCUCAUUUCAAGCUUUCAGGACUUUUCUUGCGCAAAGAUAUUAAGGGUCAUGGAAAUCCAACAAAUCACAAGCCUGAGCUGGCAUUGAUCGACUUCAGAACAAGCUUGGGUCAUCGAAUUGGAAGGAUGAUACAAUCACUUUUCCCCCGAGAUCCAAAUUUUCGUGGUCGGCGAGUUGUGACUUUUCGAAACCAGAGAGACUUUAUAUUCUUUCGUCAUCAUCGGUAUAUUUUUGAAUGUAAAGAAAGCAAACAUGGUGAUCUGAAAGAUAAAAAUGGAAAAAAUGCGAAUGGUGAAAACAUUGUAGCCCGCUUUCAGGAGUGUGGUCCUCGUUUCAUUUUGAAGUUGAUCAGUCUACAACAUGGAACAUUUGACAGCAGAGGCAGUGAAUAUGAGUGGGUUCACAAGCCGGAAAUGGACACCAGCCGCAGGAGAUUCUUCUUGUGACUUGCUUUGCUAGUCCCCUGGCUCUAAAAUUGAAGGCUUUUGGAGUCUCGUGGCCCUGCAAUGGAAGUCAGCUUGACAUGGGUGCGCGAAAAUAUUAAGGAAAGGAAAAUAUCAAGGCCCAUGUUUACAUGUUUGGUUAUCAAGAAAAAGAAAAAUGAGAAAGAAAAUUAAAAUAUAUUAAACGUAUGAAAUUUUUUUUGUUUUUUUGAUUUUCUGUCAUUAAUAUUUGAUUUUUUAAUCAUGUUAAAAGAAAUUUUUAUUUUUAGUAGUAUUUAAUAGAGAAGAGUUCCCUCAUUUUUCUGUUCUUUUCUUUUCUUUUCCCCAAGCAAUGGGCAAGUUCCUGCAGAUAUGGGCAAUAAUUGUUGUAUUCAGGUUUCAAAACUUUAACAUGUUACACCGGAUCUUGCAACUAUUUGAUUUGGUGCAAUAUGGGCAUAGCUGUAUUCAUGUUUCAAAACUUUGAUUGUAUGUGAAUUAAUUUGAUUAAUCCA